AUGGCUCUUUUAAAGAAAAUUAACCAGAUCUUGCUGUUACUUCUUGUCUUAACUGUGUGUGCCAUUCUGUAUAACAAAGUUCACCAAGUGCCAUCUGCGCUAAAGAAUGAAACAGUUGAUUUGGAGAGUCCUGAAGAAACGGAAGAAGAAAUCCCAGUCGUAGUCUGCGCCGCUGCAGGCAGAAUGGGUGCAACUGUAGCAGCUAUCAGUAGCAUCUACAGCAACACAGAGGCUAAUGUUUUGUUCUACAUAGUUGGGCUGAAGACUACCAUCCCACAUAUUCGAAAAUGGAUUGAAAAUUCUAAGCUGAAAGAAAUAAAAUUUAAGGUUGUGGAAUUCAACCCUAUGGUACUAAAAGGAAAAAUCAGACAAGAUGCAUCACGUCCUGAGCUACUGCAACCUCUGAACUUCGUUCGAUUUUAUCUUCCUUUGCUUAUCCAGAAACAUGAAAAAGUAAUAUAUUUGGAUGAUGAUAUCAUUGUUCAAGGUGACAUCCAGGAACUCUACGAUACUAAGUUGGCUCCUGGACAUGCUGCAGCUUUCUCAGAUGACUGUGAUCUGCCUUCUACUCAUGAAAUGGUUAGAAGUGUAGGGAUGCAGAACACGUACAUGGGGUUCCUGGACUACAGAAAGCAAGCGAUUAGAGAUCUUGGCAUCAGCCCCAGCACCUGCUCCUUUAAUCCUGGAGUAAUUGUUGCUAACAUGACUGAAUGGAAACAUCAACGGAUUACAAAGCAGUUGGAAAAGUGGAUGCAAAGAAAUGUAGAGGAAAACCUCUAUAGCAGCACCCUUGGGGGAGGCGUGGCAACCUCUCCAAUGCUGAUAGUAUUUCAUGGAAAGUAUUCUGCUAUUAAUCCUAUGUGGCACAUAAGGCAUCUUGGUUGGAGUCCUGAUACCCGUUACUCAGAGCAUUUUCUUCAAGAAGCUAAAUUACUUCAUUGGAAUGGGAGAUACAAACCUUGGGACUAUCCCAGCGUUCACACUGAUCUCUGGGAAAACUGGUUUAUUCCUGACCCUUCAGGGAAGUUCAAAUUAACUCGUCCUGAUAGCUGA